AUGAGUUCGGUCAUAUUUCCGACUGGAGAUCGGACGUUACAACUGAGAAUCAUGGGGACACUAAAUCGAGAUGGUUUAUUUCUGAAGAGCUACUCUCCAACCGAUAAAAUGCUCCGUCGGAUUUUCCGAAAGUUUUGUGAACGUCCUUUAGCUUUAAUCCAUGUUGUUCUCCUAACACAGUUUGUAGCUUCAAGCUUGUUCUAUUUGAUAAAGUUCAAAAAUUCAUCGGUGUAUUUGACAAACAUGUCUGUAAUUUGUGGAUCCCGUGCGCAUCUGGAACGCGAAGCUUUGGCUAAACGCCAUCCGUUGCGCAAUCUGCUCAUGUAUGGUUUCAAAUUCUGUGUGUGGUCAUUAUGCGUGCGCGGUGUGCGGGACACACAAUGCGGGUUUAAGCUGUUCAGCCGUUCGGCUGCACGCGUCUUGUUUCACAAUUUACACGUCGAACGUUGGGCAUUCGACGUGGAUCUGCUCUAUUUGGCCCGUCAUUUCGAUAUGCCUAUUGUGGAGGUCCCUGUGCGUUGGCAAGAAAUAGGAGGUACGUUUCUGACCGAUACACUUGACCCUUUCUACGAAAGUGCAUUGAUAUGGAUGUCUAACCUACACACGAAAGGUAUUAUCAGAAGCUCCCAUCCCCCAAAGGCUCCCGGUCUUUUCACAGAUAAAAUACGAGUCAAUGUCACUCGAAUUUUAGUUGAAGCCAAUGCCGAAAAUGACUAG